CACUUCAUGGUCAGCCUUUUAGUCACAAACAAAUGAAAUAGUACACCUUUUGUUGGGCAAAAUAACAGAGAGAAUUGCAAGGAAAAACCUAAAACUUUCUGGUUUGUUGAGCAGCAUUCGAGAAAAAUUAGGGAUCUGUCAAUCCAUUCCUUGCGGAAAGGGUAUUUUUUUCGAAAUUCAACUUUUAAGCAGCAAAAAAUGGUGAAGAUUAUUAUACCUCAUCCUUCCUCUUCUUCCACAAAUAACAAAAUUAGUACUACAACUUUCAUAUUACUACUCUUCUUAUUAUUGUUCUUUUCUCUUUGCCCUGAAAAACCCUUGACCUUGUUUCUCCCAUUUACCCAUUACCCCCUUGUUCAAUUCUCUAUCUUUCCUUGUCACUCCCCUUUUCUCUCGUCUUUUCUUUAACCCUUUUCUCUCGUUCUUCGUCUCCUUCGAAAUUUCGUUCUUUGGUGCUCCAUUGAUUUUUUGGGAAUCCGUACAUUCUACAUUUAGUAGUAGUAGCAGUACUCGAAGUUGUUUUGAAUGCUUUAUACUUCAAAUGGAAGGCUGUAGUUCUUCUCGGUCUGAUAGAAUUGGGACCAUUUUCAAAAAGAAGCGGAGUCAUAUCCCCAGGCCGCCUCGACCUGAAUCUCAACCAUUAUCCAAUGAGCGUGACAUCUCGCCUUUGUCUUCCUCACCUUCAUCUAAUUACGUAAAGGCUGGCUCCAGUGAUGAGAUUAGUGGUGGUGAUCACAUUUUAAGGGGGAAAGAGCUUAGUCUUAGUCCAUGUGUAUCAAGUUUUCCAGCAGCCAGUGUGUUGGAUGGUGAAAAACAUCGAAAAAACUAUAAAGAAGAUAUAAGACUUAAUGAAUUAUACAGUAAUAGUGGACCUAGAUAUAGUUCAGAGCAGGGACAUAGUGGCUCGAAUCAUAUAAGAAGCCGUGAGUGUGUUCUUGCCCUCGAAGAUUGGAAAAUUACAAAUAGGGCAAAAGAAAGUUUGGAACCACAAAAGACCAUGAAAUUGAAUAGAAAGAAAGGUGAAAUUACAGGACCAUCCCCUGAUGUGUUGGGAAACAAUACCAAGUUAAAAAGACUUAAGUUGAAAGUUGGAGGUGCCAUGCGCACUAUUGAUGGCAAUUCAAAAAGUUCUUAUGUUGAAGUUGCUACUGUAACACGAGAAAAGUCUGCUCAUAAGGAUAAUUCAGAAUCAAACAGCUCACCGUCUCGAGACAAAAAGGGUGGAUUACAAGGAAUUCCUUGGAAGGAUUUCUCGAAAUCAGGGCUUACUUUUGGAAGGGACGAAUCCACAAUGAAGGGGGUUAGAAAGAAUGGCUUUGUAAAGAAAAGCGACAAGUUUGAUUCAGUGCAAAAGAGCAAACAAAUAUCCAAGAAGCGUGUAUCUGAUGGUUUUGAUGAUUAUGAAGAUGACGAUGAGGUUAGAUACAUGAAAAAGCUAAAAAUUGCUAAAUGUUAUGCUGGAUUUGGAAAGGAUGAUGGAGAUCCUAGCCGGAAGCAUCCAAGGUCGUCAGGAAAUAUUCCGCUAAACACAGGAGCUGAUGCUCCAUUACCGUUGGGUAAAGGUGGAAAAACGAGAUCUCCAUCUGAGGGUACUGACUAUGAGGAAGAGGAAGAACCUGCAUCUAAUGGUGAGCCUGUGGGCAAAAUUAAGAAGAAAUCAAGAAAGGAACCUGUUGAUGCACUUGUUGAGCCCCCACAGGAAAUUACUCUGACAACUCGUCAAAGGGCACUUCAAGCCGGAAGAAAUGCGUCUGCAACUGGUGGUAGUGUAAUCGAAUUUCCAAAUGGACUGCCUCCGGUGCUAUCUAAAAAGAAAAAAAAACAGCUGUCCGAAGUGGAUCAACAGAUGCAGAAAGCUGAGGCUGCUCAGAGACGUAAAGUGCAAAAUGAGAAGGCGGCUAGGGAAUUAGAGGCUGAGGCAAUUCGAAAAAUUCUCGGUCAAGACUCCACUAGGAAAAAGCGGGAAGAUAACAAGAAGAAAAGAGUAGAAGAGCUUGCCAAGGAAAAGGCCGCUGAUGAAAUUUGGCGUGCAACACAUUGCAUCCGAGUUUCCAUGGGUCCUGAUGUCACAACUGUUACCUUUCCUGAAGGCUUGCCCAGUAUUUUUGACUCUAAACCUCACAGUUAUCCGCCACCACGGGAAAAAUGUGUAGUGGCAUCGUGUAAUAAUCCAUACAAGUACAGAGAUUCAAAGACAAAGUUGCCAAUUUGCAGCCUCGAGUGCUACAAGGCAGUUCAGGCUAAUGAGCAAAGUAAACCGGCAAGCUAUUGAUAUGAAGUAGAAGAUAUACGAGUAGAAGUACAUACAUCUUUCAAUUCAUUUCUUAGUACGUCCCCUACCUGGGGUUUAACCUUGUAUUGUGGGUAAUAUUGAGUUUGAGUCUCACUAGUCGCCCUGCCCAUAGAUUGUUCCACCUUAACUUGUUAGCCAAUUGGACAGUCAUUCUUUAAUGGGUCCAUACAGCACUGACUUAGGUGCUGCUUGCUUAGUAUACCCAAAUUGCUAUUAGUUUUUGAUGUUGCUUUGUAUGCAACAUGGAUUAUUCUAAUCUAUACAUUAUUCUCUCUUUUAUUUCUAUUAACUAUCUUUUACCAAUUUGUUGCUCCUUUCACUCAAUUAACGUUACUUGUUAUUUUGGGUUGUCUUACUUAUUUUUCAAUCUCAUUUAUAAAUUAUUCUCUUUUUUAUUUUUAUCUAAAUAAUUUACUUUUUUUUAUAUAUAUUAUUAAAUAUCUGCCU